CUCUUGAAGAGGGCUGGUAUAUUUGUGCCUGCUGGAGGUGGAAUUAACAGUAAGAAGGAGAAAGGAUUGAAUGGACUUACAGGAAGGAUUUCAAGUAAAUUCAGGGAAACACAUUUACUUGAAUAGUACAACCUUGAGUAUUAUUUUACACUAAGACGACACAAAAGAUGUUAAAGUUAUCACCAAGCUGCCGGACAAAUAUAUAUUCCAACACCAAGGUGCAGAUCAGCAUAGAUCUGUGAUUCAGAAAUCAAGAUUUGUCUUGGAAAGAGCUCAAGGGUUGAGAAGAACUCAACAGCAAGUGAAGAUACUUUGGGAACUACAGUUUAUCAGAAGAUCAACUUUCGUUAAUUCAAAUACCAAAGGCCUGAUUAUCAUAAAUUCAUAUAGGAAUGCAUAGGUCAUCUGAUCAAAUAAUAUUAGCCGUCUUCUGCUACAUCAAUGCAGCAAAAACUCUUAACAACUGUGGAUAAUUGGAAAUCUGAGUUUCAGCUUUCUUAGAUAUAACUACUCUUGACACAUUGCAAAAUAUUUAAAAUAGGACAGGAAAAUCAGUGAGGAUGUUGUGUUCAGAAAAAUGUCACUGUCAUGAAGAAUAGGUAAAUUUGUUUUUUCAGCUACUGGGAAAGUGUACCUCCCAGGAACUUAGAUUUUUUUUUUUUAAGAGGACAAGAAAAACUAAAAAUAUAAACUUCUGCUUUUGGACAAAAAUGCAUCUGACUGUAGUUUUACUUAGGGGUGUUGUGGGUUUCCUCUGGAGCUGCUGGGUUCUAGUGGGUUAUGCAAAAGGAGGUUUGGGAGACAAUCAUGUUCACUCCAGUUUUAUUUAUAGAAGACUACGGAACCACGAAAGACGGGAAAUACAGAGGGAAAUUCUCUCUAUUUUGGGUUUGCCUCACAGACCCAGACCAUUUUCACCUGGAAAACAGGCAUCCUCUGCGCCUCUCUUUAUGCUGGACCUAUACAAUGCCAUGGCCAGUGAAGAAAACCCCGAAGAGUCGGAAUACUCAGUGAGGGCAUCUUUGGCAGGAGAGCCCAGAGGGGCAAGAAAGGGAUACCCAGCCUCUCCCAAUGGGUAUCCUCGCGGCAUACAGUUAUCUCGGACCACUCCUCUGACCACCCAGAGUCCUCCUCUAGCCAGCCUACAUGAUACCAACUUUCUGAAUGAUGCUGACAUGGUUAUGAGCUUUGUCAACUUAGUUGAAAGAGACAAGGAUUUUUCUCACCAGCGAAGGCAUUACAAAGAAUUUCGGUUUGAUCUUACUCAAAUUCCUCAUGGAGAGGCGGUGACAGCCGCUGAAUUCCGGAUAUACAAGGACCGGAGCAACAGCCGGUUUGAAAAUGAAACGAUUAAGAUUAGUAUAUAUCAGAUCAUCAAGGAAUACACAAAUAGGGAUGCAGAUCUGUUCCUGUUAGACACAAGAAAGGCCCAAGCUUUAGAUGUGGGUUGGCUUGUCUUUGAUAUCACUGUGACCAGCAAUCACUGGGUCAUUAAUCCACAGAACAAUCUGGGUUUACAGCUCUGUGCAGAGACAGGGGAUGGACGCAGUAUCAACGUAAAAUCCGCUGGUCUUGUGGGAAGACAUGGGCCUCAGUCAAAACAACCUUUCAUGGUGGCCUUCUUCAAGGCAAGCGAGGUACUUCUUCGAUCCGUGAGGGCAGCCAACAAACGGAAAAAUCAAAACCGCAAUAAAUCCAGCUCUCAUCAGGACUCCUCUAGAAUGUCCAGUGUUGCAGAUUAUAACACAAGUGAACAAAAACAAGCCUGUAAGAAGCAUGAACUCUAUGUGAGUUUCCGGGAUCUAGGAUGGCAGGACUGGAUUAUAGCACCAGAAGGAUAUGCUGCAUUUUAUUGUGAUGGAGAAUGUUCUUUUCCACUUAACGCCCAUAUGAAUGCCACCAACCAUGCCAUAGUUCAGACUCUGGUAUACUUUGUUUUUGAAAAUGGCUUAUAUUGCAAGCACGAUAUAAAGUUGUUUUAA